ACAAACAUUUGUGAAAGAAUGGGUCGCUCUCAGAAGCUCAGUGAAUUCAAGCAUGGUAUCAUGAUAGGUUGCCACCUGUGCAAUAAGUCCAUCCGUGAAAUUUCCUUGCUACUAAAUAUUCCACGGUCAACUGUUUGUGGUAUUAUAAGAAAGUGGAAGCAACUGGGAACAACAGCAACUCAGCCAUGAAGUGGUAGGCCACGUAACCUUAAAGAGCAGGGUCAGUGCAUGCUGAAGCACACAGUGCGCAGAAGUCGCCAACUGUCUGCAGAGUCACUUGGCCCCUUAGUUGAAGGGAAGUCUUAAGGCGUCAGCAUACUAAGACAUUUUGGACAACUUUAUG